CUAACAGCCAUGCUGUCGCUUGCUCAGCGUCGUGUCGUUGGGCUAGGGUCACACCUCUCCCUUGCUCGGGGCCUAGCUGCUGUAGCGGCGGAUCAGGGCGUCAAGGAUGUCGUCAUUAUUGGUGGAGGGCCGGGAGGCUAUGUGUCCGCCAUCAAAGCGGCACAGCUGGGGCUGAAGGUGGCCUGCGUCGAGGGGCGGGGCGCGCUGGGAGGCACGUGCUUGAACGUGGGGUGCAUUCCGUCCAAGGCUUUGUUGCAAUCCAGUCACAUGUAUGCGGAGGCCAAGCAUGCAUUCAAGAAGCACGGAGUGCUGGUCGACGGCCUGGCGGUGGACGUGGCUGCAAUGCAGCAGCAGAAAGCGGCAGCGGUCGACGGUCUCACCAAGGGCAUCGAGGGUCUGUUCAAGAAGAACAAGGUGGAGUAUAUUCGGGGGUGGGCCAAGAUCAAGAGUGCCACAGAGGUGGAAGUCAGCACCUCGAGCGGAAGCACCACCAUGGUCUCCACCAAGAAUGUCAUCAUUGCCACUGGCUCGGAGGUCACGCCGCUGCCUGGAGUGCCCGUUGACGAGCGCCGCAUUGUCUCCUCCACUGGGGCGCUGAGUUUGGAGCAAGUGCCGGGUAGCAUGGUCGUAAUUGGGGGCGGCUACAUUGGUCUGGAGCUGGGGUCAGUGUGGGCUCGUCUGGGCGCGGAGGUAACAGUGGUGGAGUUUCUGGACCAUAUUGUGCCUACCAUGGAUGGCGAGGUGCGGCGGGCCUUCCAGCGUUCGCUCCAAAAGCAGGGCCUGAAGUUUAAGCUGAGCACCAAGGUGGCCAGCGCAGAGGCGGAUGGAGCGGGAGUGCGACUGGAGCUGCAGCCAUCCAAAGGAAAUGGCGACAGCGAGACAAUGACUGCGGAUGUCGUGCUGGUGUCCACAGGCCGCCGGCCCUUCACCAAGGGCUUGAAUCUGGAGGGCGUUGGUGUAUCUACAGAUCCCCGUGGGAGCAUUGUGGUAGAUGAACACUUCCAAACCACUACCCCCGGCAUUUAUGCCAUCGGGGACGUGAUCCCAGGGCCCAUGCUUGCCCACAAGGCAGAAGAGGAUGGCGUGGCCUGCGUCGAGCUGUUGGCGGGGCGCAGCGGGCAUGUGAACUACAAUACGGUACCCUCGAUUGUGUACACUUGGCCAGAAGUUGCCAGCGUGGGCAAGACCGAGGAGCAAGUCAAGGCGGAAGGCAUCAACUACAAGGUGGGAAAGUUUGCCUUCAUGGCCAACAGCCGCGCGCGGAGUGUGGACGACACCGAGGGACUGGUCAAGUUCAUCUCUGAUGCCGCCAGCGACAAGAUUCUCGGGGCGCACAUAAUGGGGCCCAAUGCAGGCGAGCUCAUUGCGGAAUGCGUGCUGGCCAUGGAGUAUGGCGCCUCGACCGAGGACAUUGCGCGCACCUGCCAUGGCCACCCCACUCUUUCGGAGGCUGUCAAGGAAGCAGCCAUUGCCACAGCUUUUGGGAAGGCGAUUCAUUCAUGAGGAAAAGUCGGCGGGCCACGGCCUCCAAAACCAAACAGCGGCGCACCCUCGCCGGCGGCGGCGGCGGCGGGCGGGCGACCAAGCUCAGGUUCCACUUUGGCAUGCUCCUCUUCACCUGGCCAGGCGCAUAUGUUUGAGCAUUCCGCCCACCUUUGCAAAGGCCAGAGCCGCAGCUUGCGCAUGCCCAUCGAGGACCCUCGUAGCUAUCUUCAGCUGCCCUUACACCUGCAUGUUAACCCCCUUGAACUUAGUCUGCUGCGCCCGCAGAGCCCUUGGGGCCCGGCCAGGCCUAGGCAUGCUAAUGGCAACCGCCCCUGCCCGCUGGUGCCCCUGCCCGCGCGCUACCAGCGAUGGUGCAAAACAAGCGAG